AUAUCCGGUGUGGGUCUUCAAGCGAAGAGCCGGUGGAAUAUCUAAUGAACGUUUUUAUUACUUGUCGACUUUUUCUGAAAGCUUUCAUAUAGCCGAUUUUACAUCUUAGAACACAAGGAGAUCAUUAUGCAUAUUCUUCUCUUUUGUAGUUUGAUUGCCAACGCCUUUUCUUCAAAGAUCCUCUUACUGCCAUCUGACGACAGCGAGAGAAUAAGAAGUUUCGCUCCUCUUUCCGAUACUCUCGCUGUCGGUGGACAUGAGGUAUUGACUUUAUCAUCAUCAAAGCAUGCAGUUCUCUUAGGAGAUUUGCAGAUGCCUCAUGUUUUGUAUAAAUUACCCGCGAAAAUUCAAGGAGGACUGGAUUCUAUAGUACCAUCUCCAAAUUUCUACCAAUAUUUGACUUUUUUCGAACGAGCGUUUGCAAAACAAAACAAAAUAUGUGAAGAAUUUCUAAAAUCGGACAUGCUUGAAAACCUAAAAGAAAAGAAAUUUAAUUAUGCUAUUAUCGACGGUCGAAGAGAGGCUAUAUGCUUGAAAAACAUAGCUAAAAGCUUAAACAUUCGAUAUUCCAUGUUACACUCUGAUUUUAGUUCUGUUGAUUUACAAUAUUCCAUAAUUGAUGGCGGUUUUAUCAUUGAAUCACUUCAGCGGAUUCUUUUGAAAUUUAUGUACAAUUCCAAGCUGGAUUCAACUGAUGUGGCUGACUUACAUAUGAUUAAUACUGAUAUUGUUUGUUCUUCAAAAUAUUACCCAUUAUCUCCACAUAUAAUUCAUUUAAAUUUGAUGCGAAAAAAAACAAAAGGAAUUUUACGUCCAGAAAUUGGUAUGUUCCUAAAGAAGUGGAAAAAAUCCAUCAUUGUUUUGUAUAAGCGCAAACCCACCAAAGAGCAAAUUACAUCUCUGUUCAAUAUAUUUAGAAUGAUGUCAUUUGGCAUAAUCGUCGAGUAUCGGGGGCAGAUAAAUGAAAAACCUGAUAAUGUUUUAAUAAGUGAUUAUUUACCUCUACACGAAUUAUUUGCUCAUUCUCAGGAAAUUGCCGUAGUCUUGUCUGUUGAUUCAUUAUAUUAUCACCAAAUGGCUACUGCAUUUGGAAUACCAACUAUAGUUGUUGCUCAAAAUUUUGAAACUUACAGUCAUAUCAAUUCCUAUUAUAAAAAAUCAAAUAUAAUCUUAUUGGACGAUAUCAAUCUAAUCGAAGUUGAAUACGCUUUUAGUGUUCUUGGUUCUUUUAAGAAAGCAAAAAAAGCAAGUAAAAUUUGCUCAGAGAGGAUAAAUGCUAUGCCUUCUCCUUCUAGGGCAGCUCUAUUUUGGAUAGACCAUGCAAUGGAAUUUGGGAGUCGGCAUUUACGGAAAGAAUUUUCACAUGCUGGAAGCGUAAUCUUCAGAUUGACUUUUGUGGAUUAUUUUAUCUUGUUAUUAAGUUUCUCCUUUCUAGUUUUAAUUACGUUUAUUUGCAUAAAACUAACCAUUAGAAUUGUUGACUUGAUAACUAACCAAUCUGCUCAACCAAAAGCAAAAGCAAAACCCCGUGCUAAUAACGUUCACAAACAGAAAGAACUAAUAUUAAAAGAAGACAAGCGGAGAGCAAACGGAAUUAAUCAUAACUUGGCGACUAAUGUUAAAAGAACUAAGAAAAAGAAAUUCUAUUGA